GCUUUGUCUCAGGCUGAUUUGUGACGUCUGUUUCCCACAAUUGGGGGCUCGUCUGGGAUCCAAACCGCCGACCGCCCGACACUCUUGGGACGACGGGGGAGGUGCACCUCUCCAAUUUCGGUCAUCUCCGACUCUGUUGCUUGUCGUUCGCGGUUUGGGCGAGUACGAUCUGGACUGGGAGACCCUAAAAACAAGGUGGGCAGACGCGGCAGGUUCAGUCGGGCAACUCUUGUGCACAAGACCCAGGUAGGGAAAGGUCUUAAAGGAUAUAUCCGAGCGACCGGAGGCAGCGGUAUUUGCUGCAGGAAUUGCCGCGGGAUGGGGCGCACCAACACAACCAGAUAACUCUGUGCACAGACCAAGGAAGAAGGGUCUGUUGACCCAGACACCUCCACUUGAGUUCGCCGUACAUCGAAUACAACCAGGUGACUGGGUCCUGAUCAAAACCUGGAAAGAUACCAAACUGCACCCAAGCUGGGAGGGACUGUUCCUAACCCUCCUGACUAUUGAAACAGCCAUCCGAACUGCUGCACUUGUGUUAAGGGCCCCGUGGACGCUCCUUCCCCUCCGGCAGAGUGGCAAGCUCAUCCUACAGACAACCCUCUGAAAGUCAAGCUGAGCAAAAAGAAUGGACUGAGAUAAGAGACUAUUAAGUAUUGGUUAAAAAAAAACUGUAUCCCAAAAUAAUUGUAAGUGUUGCAUGGACUCACUCCUCCCUGGUAUUUAAAGGGUUAGGGAAUAGACAGAUAGGGUUGUGAGCUGAAAUGAAUGGUCAGCUUUAUGUUGUCACGAUAAUAUUGGCGAUAGCUGCCAAGGGGGGGGUGGGAAAAAUCAAUUUACCACUUUAUGUCAGAAUUAUGCUAAACUAAAGGGGCAUACCAACUGUUGGGUAUGUGCUGAGAUCCCACACCAUGGGGAAUCCGGAAUUCCUCUCACAGUAAUACCACUUACCAAAGAAGAAGUGUACGAUGUACAACAAUUUGACUUGGGCUCAAAUGAUACAACUUGGAGAUUUGAAAGGGGUAAUUAUAACUUUGCGGGAUGGUUCCUCGACCAGCCCCUAAAACCCCGGGCACUAUCGAUGGCCUUGGCGUUUCCCCACCAAAAGCAGUAAAUACCACUUGUAUUUACUGCAUCCUUCCGAUUAGGAAAAUCACCAGCCAAGCUACUCCCAUAACCUUUCCCCAAGUAUUGAAUGGGACAUAUUGGGUGUGUGGUUUAAAGGCCUACCCAUUUAUCCCCAGCAAGAAGUAUGUUUGGAGUGGUGGAUGUCACGGGAAUGGGUGCUGGGACCAUCCAGUUCAGACACUACCUCAAAGCCAGAAAGGCUGGAGUGGCUGCUGCUACCUCGCCCAUAUAAUUCCCCACUUGAGGCUGUUAAAGAGAGCCCCAAAAAUACCUCGGAAUAAACAGGGAGGAAGGCGAGUAACCCGGAAAGUAAUCGAAGGAGAUCGCCUCCUCUGGACUUUGAUACCUAUGUAUGGGACCGCUCGAGCAGGAAUACAAAAGUUGGCAGCUUCCCUGGAAGAGUUGGCCAACAAUACUGCUGAUGCGUUGGCCGAAACCCAAUCCCAAGUAGCAGCCAUAACGACCGAAAUGAUUGCCACGAGGCUAACGACCCUUCAGAACAGGAUGGCUCUGGAUUAUAUUCUAGAAGAGAAGGGUGGUACCUGUGCACUAAUUGGAGAGGAAUGUUGUACGUACAUACCUGAGGUCUCCUCUAACAUUACUGAUAUCUCCAAACAUGGGCGAGACAAAAUCGCCAAGGGAGGCCGGUAAUCGGUACUGGAACGAAAAAGGAUGGGAAUGGGGGAAUUGGGGAUUGACUGGUUGGGUAAGGUGGUUAGUCAAUCUAGCUAUCUAUGGAUUAUUGAUAUUAGUGGGUCUGGUGGUAGGGUUUAAUGUCCUACAAUGGAUAAUGAGCCAACUGAUGACAUCCCUUGGGAAAGGAACCCAAAUAAAUCAUCAGAUGCUUUUACAAUCAGCAGGUGACAUGCAACAAAGAGAAAGUCAAAGAAUACUUCUAGAGUUCAAGGGACGAACAACACAAAUGUAAAAUGUAAGAUUGUGAACCUCAUCGCCAAAAGGCGUAAGAGGGCAGAACAUAAGAAAAUGGAUUAAAGGAGACUGAAUAAGUGCAGAAACAACAGUUAGAGAAAAAGAAAAAGGGGGAAUUGUGGGAGGUUAGAAAUGUAGGUUCUGCAGGAGGGGUAAGGGGAACAUUAUACAAAUGGUCGCGGGAUUCUUGUAGUAUGUAGCAUACUUAAGGCUAAGACUUUAAUGAAUAUAGAGGGUCUUUUAAAGAAAAUAGUUUUAAGCUAGGAAAUAA